AGCCAUGAGAAAGCUUACUCUAUCUUCCACUCUUCUUCUUCUUCUUUUGCUUCUCGUCCCCAUCUUGGUUUCUGCAGAAUGUACUUGCAGUGAUGAGUCCCAAGACCGCGACAAGGCGAAGGCUCUCAAGUUCAAGCUAGUUGCAAUAAGUUCAAUCCUCAUAGCCAGUGCUAUUGGUGUCUCUCUCCCAAUGUUGGGCAAGAAAAUCCCAACUUUGCGCCCCGAAAAUGAUAUCUUCUUCAUGAUCAAAGCCUUUGCAGCUGGUGUGAUACUAGCAACCGGGUUCAUCCAUGUCUUGCCGGAUGCAUUUGAAAGCUUAACAAGCCCCUGCCUCAGCCAAAUGCCAUGGGGGGAUUUCCCAUUUACCGGUUUCAUUGCAAUGGUUUCGGCUAUAGGGACCAUGAUGAUCGACACCUUUGCUACUAGCUAUUAUAGAAGAUCACAUUUCAACAAAGCACUGCCUGUGAAGGAUGACCAAGAAAUGAAUGGGGUGCAUGAGGGUCAUGUUCAUGUUCAUACUCAUGCCACACACGGCCAUGCUCAUGGAUCAGACGCCAUGGCCUUGGAGGAUUCAGCGUCUUCUUUCGAGCUUGUCAGGCGUCGAAUAAUAUCACAGGUCCUUGAGCUCGGAAUUGUUGUUCAUUCUGUGAUCAUUGGAGUAUCUUUAGGUGCCUCUGAGAGUCCCAAGACAAUCAAGCCUCUAGUUGCAGCCCUGACCUUCCAUCAAUUUUUUGAAGGCAUGGGCCUUGGUGGGUGCAUCUGUCAGGCUAAAUUCAAGUCGAAGGCCAUUGCAACAAUGGUACUAUUCUUCUCCCUCACCACCCCAAUUGGGAUAGUUGUUGGAAUGGGGGUGUCAAGUUUCUACAAGGAGAAUAGCAGUACUGCUCUGAUUGUGGAAGGAGUAUUCAACUCUGCUUCAGCUGGGAUCCUAAUCUACAUGGCUCUGGUUGACCUUCUAGCAGCUGAUUUUAUGAAUCCUAGAAUGCAAGGGAAUCUUAGGAUCCAGCUUGGGGCUAAUCUUUCACUUCUUCUAGGGUCAGGAUGUAUGUCUCUCUUGGCCAAAUGGGCAUGA